AUGGCGCAGGCGCAGACGGAACUGGUCCGGGUUCUGUUCGGGUUCGGGUCCAAUGCCCCCGCGGCCCUGGAGCCCCUGGCCAGGCGGCUGAUGAAGGGCGUGGUCAUGGUGGAGCUGCUGGGCGUGUUCGGGGCCUACUUCCUGUUUCACAAGAUGAACAACAGUCAGGAGUUCAGGAGCGCCGUGAACAGCCGCUUCCCUUCAGUGCUGGAAGUUUACUACCAGUCCAACGAGUGGGCCGGGAUCUAUGGGAUCCGGGAGCGGGACCAGGAAGCCUGGGCGGCCAAACGGGACUGAACUACUUCCUGUUCCUCCUGAAGGCCCCGCGGCCCUUCCUCUUCCUCCUAAUGAAGGAGCUCUUCCUGCGGCGCAGCGUCUGGGAGUCCCGGCCGUGGAUCCAGUCGUCCCGCUGCGAUUCCCACUUCAGCUGCUUCAGGCCUAAAGGGAGGAAGAGGAAGAGCAAAGGUCAGAACCAACCAGGUUCACUCCUUAAAGAGACAGUUUGCCUUUAAAAACAGAAAAAUCAGAACCAGCCAAUCAGGAGCCUACCACUUCUAUCCAUCUCAUAAUAUCAGAGAAAGGAUCAUCUCCAGAACCGGAUCAGAACCAGCCCAACAGCAAUAAAAGCAAACUGUCCCUUUAAGGAGCAGAACUGGUUCUGUUGGACCAACUGGACUCUGAAUGUUCUGACCUGCUGGAAUCCAGUGAACUAAAAUAAAACGAUUCCGUCACCUAA